AGCAACCAAUAGGCGGCGUAUGCUUAAAAAGGACAAAAACAAUCCCUUUGAAAAGUAUACAUAAAGAACCACCCCCAAGCCAAACCGAUACAUUGAACAAUAGAUAAUCAUCACCCAAGUAGCAGUACCGAAAGCCAAUUAAAUAUUACAGAAAUUGUUGCUAUCAUAGGAAUGGUAAACGCUGCACGGCACAGUAGCCUUUGAAAUCUGAAUAUAGAUAUCUAGUAAGAGUAAGCGAAAAGAAAGUGGUUGUGGGGACACUCUGCUUUGCGUCAACUUCAUCUGUCUAAGGUUAAACUAACCCCGGACUUACAUUCAAGUGAUAUAGUUUGGUAUAGUGCUGGGAAACUAAGUUGUUUCAUUGUAUUGGUUUGACGCCCAACCGAGAAGAAAAAUGGUGGGUUUCGAACUAGAGGGAGCUUGAAUGUUUCGAGUUGCAGAGGAAACUGCUUCAGAGUCUUAGAAAGUGGCAGAGUAAUGGAGAAGAAAGAAAUUGUAGAAGCAGAAGGUGAACCGGUUCCGGUUCUGCCACCUCCUCCAACGUUAAAUAUUGGCAUAGCUAUCAAUGGAAAUAGAAAAAGCAAGUAUGUGGUCAAAUGGGCAUUGGAGAAAUUCAUUACCGAGGAAAACAUCAUGUUUAAGUUGUUACAUGUUCGUGCAAAGAUUACGACUGUUCCUACACCAAUGGGGAACUUCAUUCCUAUUUCACAAGUACGAAAUGAUGUAGCUGCAGCUUAUAAGAAGGAAGUGGAGUGGCAGACAAAUGAAAUGCUUCUUCCUUACAAGAAAAUGUGUGCUCAAAGAAAGGGGCAAGUUGAUGUUAUAGUCAUUGAAUCAAAUGAUGUGGCAAAUGCAAUAGCAGAGGAGGUUACCAAGAGCACUAUCACUAAGCUUGUUAUAGGAGCUACAUCUCGCGGGAUGUUUACAAGGAAGCUUAAGAAAAAUAAUCUGUCUUCAAGAAUCUCGGUCUGCACUCCAAGCUUUUGUACAGUCUACGCUGUUUCAAAAGGACAGUUGUCAUCUAUUCGACCAUCUGAUUCGGAGACAAAUGUAAGCACUAAAGAUGACAGUAGUGAAACAAGUGUUUCUUGCAAGAGUUCAUCAAGUUACACUUUCAGUUCAGAGACAGAAUUGGGCUCAGUUGCAUCCUAUGCUACUUUCCAUUCUCCUUCCCUACCAGUGCAGCGAUUUCAAGCACUUUCAACCAUAAAUCAGACAUUUUUACAUUCAAGUACAAGUUCUCUUGAGAUUAACCAGUCCAGAUCGCUUGAGUCCACCCAGUCUAGAUCUCCUGAUAUCAACCAUUCUAGAUGUCAUUCUCUGGACAUUGUGGCAGGAAAGGAUGAUAUGAGCACCUGUCCUAGCAGUUCAGAAACUAGACAAGCAGUCAGUCGGAGUUCUAGUUGCAGAAGCUUGCCAACAGAUCAACAAUCAUUCUUAUCAGAUCAAAUUUCUACCUCAGAUGUGCUGACAGACAAUUCUUUCUCUGAACAUCAGGUAUAUGUUAACUUUGAGCUAGAAAAGCUGAGAACUGAACUCAGACACGUUCAAGGAAUGUAUGCAAUAGCUCAAAGUGAGACGAUUGAUGCAUCUCGGAAGUUGAAUGCUCUAAGAAAACAUCGGCUAGAGGAGGCAAUGAAGUUUAAGGAGAUAAGUUUUAAGGAGGAGAAAGCUGAAGAAUUAGCUAGACAGGAGAAGGAGAAGUAUGAAGCUGCUAGAAGAGAAGUUGAGCAUGUGAAGGAAUGUGCUGACAGAGAAGCUUCACAGAGGCGAGAAGCAGAGAUGAAAGCCUUUCACGAUGCUAAAGAGAAGGAAAAGCUUGAAAAUGUUCUCAUAGGUUCUGUGCAGCAAUACCAAAAGUUCACAUGGGAAGAGAUUGUGUCAGCUACGUCCUCAUUCUCUGAAGAUCUUAAAGUUGGGAUGGGAGCAUAUGGAACUGUCUAUAAAUGCAUGUUGCAUCAUACAGCUGUGGCAGUGAAAGUUCUCCACUCAAAAGAGAACAGUAGAACUAAGCAAUUCCAGCAGGAGCUUGAAAUCUUGAGCAAAAUUCGCCAUCCACAUUUGCUUCUCCUUCUCGGUGCAUGUCCUGAAUUUCCUGAUCACGGUUGCCUAGUCUAUGAGUACAUGGAGAAUGGUAGCUUAGAGGAAAGAUUGCUCCGGAAGAACAAUACCCCACCCAUCCCAUGGUUUGAGAGAUACAGAAUUGCUUGGGAAGUAGCCUCAGCUCUUAAUUUCCUCCACAACUCAAAGCCAGAACCAAUCAUUCAUCGUGACCUGAAGCCAGCAAACAUAUUGCUUGAUCGUAACUUUGUCAGCAAGAUUGGUGAUGUUGGACUUUCCAUGAUGCUUAAUGCAGAUCCUCUCUCAUCAUCCACCAUGUACAGGGACACUGGACCUGUCGGAACACUCUGCUAUAUAGAUCCCGAGUAUCAAAGAACUGGGUUGAUAUCUCCAAAAUCUGACGUUUAUGCAUUUGGAAUGGUAAUUUUGCAGUUGCUAACUGCAAAGCCAGCAAUAGCACUAACUCAUGUGGUAGAAACAGCAAUUGAUGAUGGUAACUUACCAGGGAUUUUAGAUUCAGAGGCUGGGCCUUGGCCGGUUGAAGAAACAAGGGAAUUAGCUAUAUUGGGACUGAGCUGUGCAGAGCUUCGGCGCAAAGAUAGACCCGGUUUGAAAGAUCAAGUACUUCCAGUACUGGAGAGAAUGAAGGAGGUGGCAGAUAGGGCUCGCAUUUCAAUUUCCAAAGUGCAGUCUGCACCUCCUAACCACUUCAUUUGCCCAAUAUUGAAGGAAGUAAUGGAUGACCCAUGUGUUGCUGCAGACGGCUACACUUACGACCGCAAAGCAAUUGAGAAAUGGCUAGAUGGGAAUGAUAAAUCCCCAAUGACAAAUUUGCCUUUGUUAAAUAAGAACCUGCUACCCAAUUACAAUCUUCUUUCUGCAAUUGUGGAGUGGAAGUCCAGAAAACAAUGAUAUUUUCCUCGCUCCAACCGGAGAAGCUUUCUUUAUGGAACUUGAAAUAUAGUACAGUUUUUGCUAGCAUUGUACACUGUACUACCUUUUAGGAAGUCCCUCAGCUUUGACGGGCAUUUUAGAUGGAAGAAAUAGGUUUGUCAGAGUAAAGAAUUGCAAUUGUAUAUAAAAGCUAGGUAGUUUGCUAUAAGAAUAUCAAUACACAAGCUUUGAGGAUACUCUCCAAGCAUUUGGUGGCCA